AGGUUCUAACUUUGCUUUAAUUCCGGGCUAAUUGUAAUUGGCUCGCUCCUCCUCCUCCUCCUCCUCCUGUCUCCACCGUCUUCGUCUUCUUCUUCUUCUUCUUCUCGCCGGAAAGGAACCAAACACAAGAAAGGACAAACACCCCAUAUUUAGGACUCUCUGUUAUUAUUGUAUCGGCGGCCAUCUUCAUUGAUUUCCCCGAAAUUCCCCUGUCUUCUUAUCCAUCCCCAUUUAAAAAGGAAAAAAAAAAUUUUCUAUCACCGAUCGCCUAUCCAAAGGAAAAAGGUCAUCUUUUUAUCCGGCUGCCUCCUUCUCGAUACACCAAUCGGUUUUCUCCUUGGCCCCUUAAGUUGAUCGGCUCUCUGCAGCUCUUCUGAGCUUGUAUUGUUCUCCGAUUUUCCUCAAAGGAGCGUGCUUUGUUGCUUUUCUUUCAGUAAUUCAGCUCUGACGUUGUUGGGCCAAUAUACUGCAUUUUGUUCUUCCCGGUUCUGCAAAGGUAUUUAAUCUGCCUCAUCAGUAAAGAGAGAGGGUACUUUGUUCGCGGAGCGGAUCAACUUUGGUGAGCUUAGUGUCCUCUCCCUUUUCUGAACUCAACAGAAUGGGGGCUGUGUGUUGCUGUAUGCAAGUUGAGGAAAUUGAAGACUACCUUAACCGGAACAGUUCGGAUUAUAGGAACUGUGUCUGCUUAACCUGCUUUCUCCAGAAUUUCCUCAAUGUGUACUCAUCAUUAUUUCGAAGAGGAGACAUGCGAGCGAUCCCUUCGUCCAUCCAAGGAGCAGCUUCUAUUACUACAACGGCAUCACUUGAUGAUUCUUUCUCCGACAUGUACCGGUCUCCCCCAAGGCCACUACCUUAUGAUGCUGAUCCCAGAAGCUUUCGCGAUGGAUUUGUUUCUGGACGAGAGAAAGGCUCUAGCCAUUCCCCUGAGGAAUCAGAACCUCUCAGAGAAAAUGGACCAGAAUCGGACUCUAUGUGUGGAGCCGCAGUCAAGCGGAAGGAAUAUCCACAUGGAGGAGGACCGAAAGAAGAGAACCUCAAGUCCUCUGCCAAGCUGUCUGUAGCCAAGAUAAAUUCGGAGCUUGAGUACGUUUACUCUACUACAGAAGACGAGGAUGUCUGUCCAACAUGUCUUGAAGAAUAUACUCCCGAGAACCCCAGGAUAAUGACAAAGUGCUCCCAUCAUUUCCACCUUGGUUGCAUAUAUGAAUGGAUGGAGAGAAGUGAAAGCUGUCCAGUUUGCGGCAAGGUGAUGCUGUUCGAUGAAACCACUUGACCUUUUUGCUAAAGGUUCUAUGUCGUGGAUGGAGCUGCCAGCUGCCUCUCACUGGAGGAGAUGAGAGCAUAAUUAAUACCAGAAAAUUGUCCCUGUGAAUAUUUUCGAUUAAGAUUCUAAUACCAUCUUUAGGAUAUAUAUAUAUAUAUAUAAAUACAUAAGCAAGAAAAUUAUUGUGCAUACACCUUUUUGCUUUGUAUAUUCUCCUCAGAAAGGUCCCUUUCUAAUGUUUUAUCUCAAACAUCAUUGGCCUUUUCUGAACUUUUCAGCUCAGAGUUGGUGAUAUUGGAUAUGCAAGAGCACAGAUAAAUGUGAAUGGAUGAUUUAUCGGUUUCCUUUGAA